UGCUGCAUAUGCUUCCACAGCCAAAAGUCUGCCCUUUUUCUGAGCAAAACUCUGUUGGCCUUUGAAAAAUUCGGCAUUUCUCAGCUGGCUCACCAUGUUAGUAAUUGCUCUAAUUUGCUUCAAUUGUUUCUCUUUUCACACCUCAAAAGUUCCAAAGGGAAUAUACCAUUAAUUAAUGACUUUCUAAAAUCAAUCCCACUACUCCCAUAUACCAUUUUGAUUUUCAAAUCCCAGAAUAGUAUUUUACCUUUCAUUUUUACCAUAACAUUAACUCAUAAGAGAUAAUAGCUUCUAAACUAUUGAACUUGACCAUAAUCUAAUUUUUACACGAGCCAACUUAAAAAUUGUCCCACAAUUAUUGAAAUUUUAAUUUAAUUUAAUUUCAAUAAAAAUGUUGAAAUCCGUCAAUAAUUUAUUCAACAAAACACAACUAAUAUAUCAGUAAUUUACAAAUGGCGUUUUAAUUUGGCAAGUAAAAAUUGUCAGCUGAUUUGACUAGCUUAAAUUUUCAAACAACUGUACCAGCAUUAAAUAGGGUUAGGACUUCAAUUUGUUAGUAAGUUCAGAUAAUUUUUUAAAUUUAAUUAUUACUAUCAGACAUAUUUUUAAAUUAAUAUACAAAAUCAAAAUAUAAUUCCAUAAUUUAAAUGCUAUCACCCUGAUUAAUAAAAGUAGGAUUUCUUAGCAGUUACAGUUACAGUAGUAGUAGGCUAGAAAAGUCAUUAUCAUGUGAAGUAAGUACGAAGCCUCUUCUCAUUUUCAUUCCUUUUAUUAAUCUCAGAAUUAACACUGGCAAAUAUCUGUCAGCCAUGUCACAAUUAACUAAACCUUGACCAAAAACUAUACAUUAUUUUUUUUUUCCUUAAAAAAAUAAUCUAUAAAUAUCACCAAUUCCCCCCCUCCUCCACAACAUCAUUAUCCCAUUUCAAGCAGCAAAACAAGGAAAAAUACAAGAAAAAAGAAACCCACACAUAGACACAACCUUAAUUUAUCAGAAAUGGUCAAGACAGAAUCCAAGAUUUCAUCACCAUCAUCGUCGUCGUCGUCGCCGCGGCGAAACCCAACCUCCCAAUGCAAGAAGAGAUUCAAAGGAGUGAGAAUGAGAAGCUGGGGAUCAUGGGUUUCCGAGAUCAGAGCGCCCAAUCAGAAAACGAGAAUCUGGCUGGGGUCCUACUCGACGGCGGAGGCGGCGGCGCGAGCCUACGACGCCGCGCUCCUCUGCCUCAAGGGCUCCUCCGCCAACCUCAACUUCCCGACCUCCUCGCACCAGAAUCUGAUCAAUGUCGACAAAGACACGAUCAUGUCGCCCAAGUCCAUACAAAGAGUCGCGGCGGCCGCGGCCAAUGCCCAACUUCUAGAAGCUUCCAGAAACCCUAACCCUCCGUCGCCGAUGUCCACGUCUUCUACCUCGAGCUCGUCGCCCUCGCUGUCGUCUUCUUCUCCCAACUCUUGCUUUCGGAUCGAAGACGACCACAUCUCGCUGUCGGAGGCCGCCGCCGGCGACUACGAGGUGCAGUUCGAGGAGCCGAGCAUGGCGGCGUGGUACAACUUUGAUUCCCCCAAGUACAAUGAGAUGCUUAAUGGGGUGUUUUUUGAUCCUUUGAUGAUGGAGGAUUAUUCGUAUGAAGAUGGCGAUAUUCGUUUGUGGAGCUUCUGUUGAAGAUUUGGAGGGAAAAAAAAAAUUGUUUAUGUUGUUUACUAUAUAUACUGCUUAUUUAUUUGUUCAUUCAUUGGAUGAUCUUCAGUUUAUUUCAUGAAGACAUUACUGACUUAGGCUGGGAAUUAUACAUAUAUAUAUUUUUGUAAUUUAUUGAAUUGAGUAUUUGGGUUUCAAUUCGCAGGAGAGUGACAUAAUUCGAUGCACUCUUUUAAGUGAAUUUGACUGUAUACUUUUGUAUUUAAUUGAAUUUCAUAUCAUAUACAUAUAUAUGUGGGCUAUAUGUUGCUUGUAACUCUACAUAAAUAUUGAAAGAAGUUGUGUUUUCUUGUGGCAA